UUCUUAUAACAAACUAUGAGGUGGUAACGCUAAUAAAACAAAUAAUAAAAAGAAGAAAUUUCUACAUAUUAAAAAAUACAUAUAUUAAUACUAUGAAUCUCCCUUGUCUUGCUCGCUUCCCUGAGCGUGUUGUCCCUCCUGUUUAUACUAAAGUUUCCACCACAGCCAUCAGGAGCAAUAGAGUCGAGAAUAUUGCAAUUGAAGGCCAUAAUCUGAAUUUUUCAUUCACCACAAGGCAAGCAAAGGCUGUGCCAGUUCUUCGGGAUUGUUCACUUCGCAUUCCCACUGGCCAGUUCUGGAUGCUUCUUGGACCCAAUGGGUGUGGAAAAUCUACUCUCUUGAAGAUUUUGGCUGGUCUCUUGAGUCCAACUUCGGGAACAGUGUCUGUGAAUGAGCCUAAAAGUUUUGUUUUCCAGAAUCCAGAUCAUCAGGUUGUGAUGCCUACAGUAGAUUCUGACGUUGCAUUUGGUCUUGGUAAGUUUAAUUUGACCAAUGAUGAAGUAAGAUCUAGGGUGUCAAGAGCUUUGCAUGCUGUAGGCUUGUCUGACUACAUGAAGAGAUCUGUACAAGCACUUAGUGGUGGUCAGAAGCAGAGGGUUGCCAUUGCUGGUGCUCUAGCAGAAGCUUGUAAAGUUCUGUUGUUGGAUGAACUCACAACUUUCUUAGAUGAAACUGACCAGGUCGGGGUUAUCAAAGCUGUAAGGAACUCUCUGGAUACCUCUGCAGAAGUUACAGCAUUAUGGGUCACCCAUCGUUUGGAAGAACUAGAGCAUGCAGAUGGUGCCAUUUACAUGGAAGAUGGGAAAGUUGUCAUGCAUGGUGAUGCGGCAAGCAUAAGGAGUUUCAUUGAAGACAGGCAAUCUGCCUAUAUUAAACAGAUUAAUUCUUAAAAAAAGUCUUUGUCGUUUCUAAAAUUUUUUCCUGUUAGCUAUUGAAAUUUGAAACUAAACUUACUUGAUUGGUAGGUUACAUGAUAGUAUCUCAUUUUAUUUUUCUCCUUCAAAGAAAAUUUCAUAUGAGGAGAAUAUUUACUUGAAAAUGAAAAAUUAUUCCUUCCUUUCCAAUAGGGAGAGUGGCUGGGUGUUGUCUCAGAGACAAUAGCACCAGUUAAAAGGAAGGGGUAAUUCAUUCAUGUAUAUGAUGCUGAAGAG